AGAGCGCAAAUCACGAGGGAAUUACCUCAAACUGAGGGUAUCUCUCCGUCCACUGAACCCACUUGACCAUUCUUUCCCACUUCUCUCUCUCUACUUUCUCUCUCUACUGUGCGUCACUCUAGUUUUCAUAACCCACCUACGGCCUCGCAGCCCUCCUCUUUUCCGCAUGAUCCUCAGAGAAAAGCUAAUCAAAAGCAAGAGCGAGGGAUGGGUGACUAAAUAAAUAAAGGUGGAUCAGAGGAGGGAACCACCCUUCUCUCUCUUCAAUGGAUUCUAAGAAUUUGGUUUUCCGAGUUCAGAAUCUGCAUUCUGCUGUAAGAUCAGGUGAUUUGGAGGCAGUGAAAUCAAUUGUGGAGUCAGAAACGGGAGAUGGAGCCGCUGGUUUAAUGGCGGCCAAGAACGAUGCAGGGGAGACGGCUCUGUACAUUGCGGUCCAAACCAAUCGCUAUGUAAUGGUUAAGUAUUUGGUGGGGUUUUGCAAUCUCGAGAUUGCUGAGCUCAAGUCUAGGGUAGGGAUCAAUGCUCUCCAUGUUGCAGCAAAAGGGGGUUGUUUGGCUACUGCGAAAGAACUGUUAAGCCUGUGGCCUUCACUUUGUAAAUCAUGUGACCCAUCAAACACUACUCCCCUUUAUUUUGCUGCUAUUCUGGAUCACCUGGAUGUGGUCAAUGCCAUCUUAGAUACAGAUGAUAGCUCAAUUAGGAUUGUGAGGAAAAAUGGCAAAACUUCACUUCAUAUGGCUGCUAGGACUGGUCUUCUCUCUAUUGUGAGAGCGCUUCUGCAUAGAGAUCCAGGAAUAGCUUCCAUAAAAGACAAGAAGGGUCAGACAGCGCUUCAUAUGGCUGUAAAGGGCAAAAAUAUUGAUGUGGUGGAAGAGUUAUUAAAUGCUGAUAUUUCCAUUCUCAAUGCUCGUGACAAGAAGGGAAACACAGCUUUACACAUGGCUACAAGGAAAUGGCGCUCGGAGAUGGUGACCUAUCUUCUCUCUGACAAAUCCAUCGAUAUUAACGCUGUCAAUAACCUGAAUCAAACUGCCAUGGACAUUGCUGAGAAACUCCAAUAUGGUGAAUCUGCCUUGGAAAUAACCGAGUCUCUGGCAGAUGCCGGUGCCAAGACUGCUCGCAAUAUUAACCAAUCUGAUGAGGCCAUAGAACUAAACCGAACCGUGAGCUCCAUAAAACACGAGGUGCACACCCAACUCUUACAAAAUGCAAAGACGAACAGAAGGGUAUCAGGAAUAGCGAAAGAGCUGAAAAAACUUCACAGAGAAGCAGUUAGCAAUACAACCAACUCUGUGACUGUGGUUGCUGUUCUUAUUGCAUCAAUUGCCUUCAUGUCUAUAUUCAACUUACCAGGUCAAUAUCUUCAGAAGGAUCCUGAUAUGGGUCAAGCCACAAUAGCUGGGGUCUAUGGAUUUCAUGUUUUCUGCCUCUUAAAUGCCGUUGCUCUUUUUAUCUCAUUAGCCGUGGUGGUGGUUCAGAUCACGUUGGUUGCUUGGGAAACUAGUGCCCAGAAGCAGGUUGUAUCGGUGGUUAAUAAGCUUAUGUGGGUCGCGUGCCUUAGCACAUGUGGGGCAUUUCUGUCAAUAGCAUUUGUGGUUGUUGGUAGAGAUGGCUCGAGCUUCGCUAUUGUAGUAACUUGUAUUGGGGGACCAAUCUUUGUUGGGACUCUUGUUAGUAUGUGCUACUUUGUUCUCAGGCAACAUUUGGGGAAAUGGGGUGAUGAUUCACAGAGGCGUAUCAAGAGAGCAAGUGGAAGCAAAUCCUUCUCUUUAUCUAUCUACACUGACUUUUCAGAUCCAGAUGCUUAUGACUCAGACCACAAUGGGAUAUAUGCUCUAUAGCCAUUUGGCAGCACAAGUUCAUGAAUACUUUUUGUAAAUGAGUAAGUUACUAUAAUCGAAUAUGGAUAACAAUAAUACAAUCGGCUAAUUAACCAUGCAAGGAAAUUGUGGAGAGUGAUGGAGAGAGAGUGGGCCUAACAGGGCCAGGGCCAGAUGUGACCCUUUUGCCAUCACCAUCAUUUCAUUGGUUGGCAAUGACCUCAAGGCACUAUCGUUUCCAUUUAUCUAUUUGUAUAUUUAAUGUGGUGUAAAUAAAAGGGAAAAUACCGUUGUGACUUUUAUUUUGAGCUUUUA